AUGAAGAUUUGGGCUUCUGAACAUGUCUUCGAUCAUGACUGGGAGACAGUCGUUAAUGCUGCAUGGAGAAAAUAUCCAAAUCCAAUGAACCAAGGUGUGACAGGAAUGGAUGUUUUACGGCAAACAUUGCAAGCUGGUAAAAUCUUGUCGGAAAGGAUUAUUCAGUCACAUUUCCACAUUCCUUCUUGGGCAACGAAGUUAACGGGAUUUUCUGGAACACAAUAUUCACACGAAUUCACAGUUAUUGAUCCCCAGCAACGGACUAUGUCACUAACAACAAGAAACCUCAACGGUUCUUCUUUUCUUCGAGUAGACGAAAAACUCACUUACACUCCUUUGCCAGAAGAUCCAUCAAAAACUGUAUUGAAACAAGAAGCUGUUGUUACAAUCACCUUACCAGCUUUCGUUGACUAUUGUGAAAAGACUUUCAUAGGAGUAUAUUCAUCGAACGCGGCUAAGGGAAGAAAAGGCGUGGAGUGGGUGAUAGACCAACUGAAGAACGAGUACACCGAUAUCUCAACAAAGGUCUCCGCUGAAGUUCUAGAAAUGCAGGAAAAGGUUAUGAACGCUUUUAAAGGCGCAAAUCAAUCGACGUCUCCCAUAUCACCUUAA